AUGGCGUCCACCACCACCAAGGUCCAGCGUAUCAUGACCCAGGUCACCCAGCCCAUCGGAUUCGAUGAGUACAUGACCUUGGUCCUCGAUGAUGCUGAGGAAAUCAACGUCAAGAAGAACAGUAGGAAAUCACUGGUGGCAAGGGAAUAUAGUUAUGGCAGGAAUGAUGGUUGGCGCUUGCCUUGA